AGGAGUUAGCAGCCAUUCACACGACUAAUUCUCUCCCAGCUGACACACGGAGUAUCUCUGAUUUCACACACUGACUCUUUUUUUUCAAACCGGGACCAUGAUGAUCCCAAGCGUCAUCGCGCCUCCUGCCUUCUACCCGGGGCUGUACCGGCCCGCCGCUGCUCUGCCGCUCCACCAGACGCUGCCGUCCGCCUUCCCGACUCAGUCCAGCUUUCUAGUGGAGGACCUGCUGCGGAUAAGCCGCCCCGCCGCCUUCGUUAAUCGGACUGUCCCGUCGGCGUGCGCUUCGCUGACCACAGCCACUACCACCGUGUCCUUCGGCGGCGCGCCCGCGGAGCGCGCGGUGGCCACGACGGCGGUGACGCGCGAAUCAUGCUCGCCGAAAACGUCUGUGUCCAGCAGCAAGGACCCAACUUUUCUCAAGUUUGGAGUGAGCGCCAUCCUCGCCCCUUCACCAAAGACCGCGUCCUCACCCCCUGCACUCCACAGCCUGCACUCCAAGACCUUCCCCAUACCCUGCUUUGACGGGACCUUUCACCCCAUAUUCAGGACGCCUUAUUUACCAGCAUCUUCAUCCGUUGUUCCCAUUCCCGGGACCUUCUCUUGGCCCCUGGCCGCCAGAGGGAAACCCCGGAGAGGGAUGCUGAGGAGGGCGGUGUUUUCCGAUGUGCAGCGCAAGGCCUUGGAAAAGAUGUUCCAGAAACAGAAAUACAUCAGCAAACCCGACAGGAAGAAGCUGGCCUCUAAGUUGGGCCUAAAAGACUCACAGGUGAAAAUCUGGUUCCAGAACAGGCGGAUGAAGUGGAGGAACUCAAAGGAACGAGAGCUGCUGUCGUCCGGUGGCUGCCGCGAGCAGACGCUGCCCACCAAAGCCAACCCGCACCCGGACCUCAGCGACGUCGGCAAGAAGUCCUCAGCCGAGGAGGAAGAUGAAGAGGAAGAGUUCGGAAGAGAGAGAAUGAGGGCGGGGUCCAGCAUCUCCUCUCCGUCUCUUUCCAGCAAGCACUCGGACUUCUCAGAGUCAGACGAAGAAGAAAUAACAGUAUCUUAAUUUAUUUUAAAACGCAAAUAUAGAGAAUAUAACCCACGUUUUGUUUUCAUGAGACUGUGACCCGAUCCGUAAGAAGCUGCCGGCCUUAAAGGGGACCCCAUACAUGUUCAAAAACACAAGUUUCACUCAAGUUUGUUGCUUCAUCAGCGCAUGCGCACUCUACAGGAUCUGCUUCGACACAAUUUGCUGUUUUGCACAGCUUUGUUCAAUUGUACAGUAUUUUGUACAAUUUUGUAUGGAAAUUUUAUGCCAAGAAUAUUGAGUUACUUUUACCUUGACCUUGAAUAGAGUUGUUUAUUGAAAAAUGUAGCUAUUUCGUUAAUAAUUUAUAUGAAUUUGUUUAAUAAGUAUGUUGUAUUAUGUGCUGUAUAUA